AUGGAAAUAUACCGUGCGAUUGUUUACCUUUUCUUCCUUCUUCGGCUGACGUCAACCAUUCUUCCUGCCUUUCCUUGUCAAUUUAGACAGAAUAAAAACAAUGGCCAUACAUUCAAUAUAACUUUUUUCUUUCUUUUUUCUAUAUAUCAUUGUUUCAUUCCACCUAUCUUUUUUUCUUCUUUUAAUUCGUCUUUGUUUUAUUUCUUUCUUUUUUCGCUUGAUUCUUUCUUUUCAACAAUCAAUUCCGGCUGUUCAUCUACCUUCUUUCGUUCGUGUAAUUUUUAUUUGACCUUCUUUAUUUCUAUCUAUCUAUCUAUCUAUCUAUCUAUCUAUCUAUCUAUCUAUCUAUCUUUAUUUAUUUAUUUAUAUAUAUAUAUUUGCAGUAAUCAGUUUUGGCUGUCCAUCGAUCUUCUUUCAUUCGUUUUUGGCUGUCCAUCGAUCUUCUUUCAUUCGUGUAAAUUUUCUUUGACCUUUAUUUUUUCUAUCUAUCUAUCUAUCUAUCUAUCUAUCUAUCUAUCUAUCUAUCUAUCGUUAUUUAUUUAUUUGCAGCAAUCAAUUUUGGCUGUCCAUCGAUCCUUCUUUCGAAGUUGCAAUUUUUCUUACUUUCUUUAUUUCUUUUAA